AUGCACGACAGUGGCGACGAAUUUGGGAUUGUUAUAAGUCCAGAAAUGACGACGAUUGGAAAAAUUGAUGUUUUUGAUGAAACCCAAGAAAGCUGGGAGACGUAUGUCGAACGAAUACAACAUUUUUUCGCUGCAAACGAUGUCGACGACAAUCAUCAAGUGCCAACUCUGCUGAGUUUGAUUGGAAGCAAAACGUAUUCAUUAUUAAAGGUUUACUUUUGCCAGAAAAGCCUGCAGACGAGAACUUUGAUGAAAUAGUAAGUACAUUACAGAAGCAUUUAAAUACUAAACCACUAGAAAUAGCCGAACGGUUUCGUUUUUAUAAGAGAAAUCAGCAAGAAGGGGAGAGCAUUUUAAAUUAUAUAGCUGAGUUAAAGAAAUUAACCGCACAUUGCAAUUUUGGAAGUAACUUGGAAGAAACCUUGCGCGACAGAUUGGUGUGUGGAUUAAGUAAUCAGCAAAUUCAGAAACGUCUCCUUGCAGAGUCAAAAUUAAAAUUCUCCAAAGCUGUUGACAUAGCAGUUGCUAUGGAAACAGCCACUCGAGAUGCUACAGAGAUCCACAGCAAGGGUAGAGAAGAAAAACCUCUUGGUCUUGACAAACUGACACUGAACAGACCCUCGAAUAGAUCAGAUAGUGGCCCACCUUCCCCUGUAGUGUGUUAUCGAUGUGGAGCUAAUAACCAUGUUGCAACUGAGUGUAUAUUUAAGAAAGAAGUCUGUCACAAGUGUGGAAAGAGAGGUCAUAUUCAAAGAGCUUGCCGGGCACAACAAAGCCAGGCGCCCGGUAGACCUUCGCCCAGAUCAAGAUACCAGAAAUCGACCAAUGACAUAGAGACCGAACCAGAUGAGUAUGGACACUUGUUGAAUAAUCUAGAAGUUCAUAAUGUAAACAAAUCAAACAGUGAUGUCAUAUGGGUUGACGUGAAAGUUGAAAAUCAACCACUAUCCAUGGAACUAGACACAGGAUCGGCCGUGUCCAUUUUGCCAUAUGACAUGUUCUUGGAAAGAUUUCGCGACAAGAAGUUACAGAAAACAACCACUGUACUAAAGACCUAUACUGGUGACCUGAUCGUUCUA